ACCGUGCGGCAGCGCAGCCCCGACGCCUCCGCCUCAGCCAUGUCCUCCAGCUCUCCCCCGGGCGAGCACAAGAGCCGGAGCCUGGGCCGGCUUUCCCUGCCUAGGAAGGGCAGUAUGACGCCCGGCAAGAAGCCCCCCUCGCUGGAGCUGGCCGAGAGCGUCCCGAACGCCCACUACACCCCGCUCCCCGAAGGGCAGGGUGGGCGGCCGCCGGCAGGCAGCGGUCCCGGAGCGACGCGAGAAAGGCCGCCACACGUGAAGAGCGAUGUGGUGGUGGUGGGCACGGAAAGCUCGCGGCCCCCGGUCAGCCUGGACCCCCGCGUCUCCAUCUAUAGCCUCCGCAAACCGCUGCUGAGCCGCAGCAACAUCCAGGGCCGGGUGUACAACUUCUUGGAGCGGCCGACGGGUUGGAAGUGCUUCGUGUACCACUUCACCGUCUUCCUUAUUGUGCUGAUAUGCCUUAUCUUCAGUGUGCUUUCUACAAUUGAACAGUAUGCAGCUCUUGCUACAGGGACGCUGUUUUGGAUGGAAAUUGUAUUAGUGGUAUUCUUUGGAACAGAAUAUGUGGUUCGGUUAUGGUCAGCAGGAUGUCGCAGUAAAUAUGUUGGAAUAUGGGGAAGGCUUCGUUUUGCUAGGAAGCCUAUUUCGAUCAUCGAUUUAAUUGUAGUUGUCGCUUCCAUGAUAGUUCUGUGUGUGGGCUCUAAAGGUCAAGUCUUUGCAACCUCAGCUAUCAGGGGCAUCCGUUUCCUGCAGAUUUUGCGGAUGCUGCAUGUUGACCGUCAGGGUGGCACGUGGAGGCUGUUGGGAUCAGUCGUCUUCAUACACAGACAAGAACUGAUAACUACACUCUACAUUGGAUUUCUGGGCCUGAUUUUUUCCUCUUAUUUUGUGUACCUGGCUGAAAAAGAUGCUGUAAAUGAUUCUGGAGAAACAGAGUUUGGCAGCUAUGCAGAUGCCCUAUGGUGGGGAGUAGUGACAGUUACAACUAUUGGCUAUGGGGAUAAAGUACCUCAGACCUGGAUUGGAAAGACCAUUGCUUCUUGUUUUUCAGUGUUCGCAAUUUCAUUUUUUGCACUACCUGCGGGAAUCCUUGGUUCAGGCUUUGCCCUGAAGGUACAGCAGAAACAAAGACAGAAGCAUUUCAACCGUCAAAUUCCAGCUGCUGCCUCUCUCAUACAGACUGCCUGGAGAUGCUAUGCAGCAGAAAACCCAGACUCUUCGACAUGGAAAAUAUAUAUUCGAAGACCUGCCAGAAAUUAUCAUUUGCUGUCACCCAGUCCAAAACCAAAGAAAUCAGUGAUGGUUAAAAAGAAGAAAUUUAAGCUAGACAAGGACAACGGGCCUUCUUCUCCAGACAAGAUGUUAACAGUUCCACACAUCACUUAUGACCAUGUGACGGAUGACAAGAAACCUGAUUUCUGUUUCGAUACAUAUGAAAAUUCUGUGAAAAAAAGCCCGACGUUUUUAGAUGUGAACACAGGACCCUUCAUCAGGACCAACAGUUUUGCCGAUGAGCUUGACCUGGAGGGUGAAACGCUGUUAACCCCAAUAACUCACAUCUCACAGCUGAGAGAACAUCACCGUGCUGCAAUUAAAGUGAUUCGAAGAAUGCAGUAUUUUGUGGCCAAGAAAAAGUUUCAGCAAGCUAGAAAGCCAUACGAUGUCCGAGAUGUUAUUGAGCAGUAUUCCCAGGGUCAUCUCAACCUGAUGGUGCGAAUCAAGGAGUUACAGAGAAGGUUGGAUCAAUGCAUAGGGAAGCCAUCUCUUUUCAUCUCUGUCUCAGAAAAAAGCAAAGAUCGAGGGAAUAACACGAUUGGUGCCAGGCUGAACAGAGUGGAGGACAAGGUUACGCAGAUGGACCAGAAACUGAACCUCAUUACUGAGAUGCUGCAUCGUCUGGUUUCAAGUCAUCAGGGGGAUCAAGGGAACAACAGGUCAUCUCAGAAAGGCAACAGCAUUAAUUCAGAUCUCUUCCUCCCAAACAACACCCUGCCAACCUACGAGCAACUGACCGUGCCGGGAAGAAAUGAAGACGAUAUAUCCUGAUGUGGUAAAAGUCUGGGUUGGGUUCUUCCCACCUUUCUCCUUUAAAUGGAACUUGGAAGGAAAUUCAGUUCAUCAGACAUCCGAGAAAACACGACUGCAAUAUCUAUACCACUGAUCUCAAAUGCACUCUUCUAAAACCACUCGUAAUAGCCCAAGGAUUGACAGGCUGUGUUCUACCAGGCAAAACCUACCAAAGCUCCACAUUAAUUCUAUUGAUGAACAAAAAUUAUAGCAACUCAUUAUUGCUCAGAAAGACCGAAACAAUGUUAAAGGCAGGCAAAAUUGCAAAGAUUUAGAGCUCUUUUAAUAAUAAUAACAGUAAUAAUAAUAUUGUAAUAAUACUUGAACUUAGAUAGGAAAUCUGCAUUUUGUUUAUGAACCUGCAGAUAGCAAUAUAUUUCUACUACUAAGGUUUUUAAAACAAAAUAGGAUAACUUAUGUUGUUUUUAUUGUAUAAAUAUACCACUAACAUUCUUGCGAAUGACAAACCACAUGCUGAAUGAUUUUCUUUUGCUGUUUUAUUUUAACGUUGCUACAUAAACAUUAUCAGAUAAUGACCAGAUUUUUUUAAUCUGUUUUUCUUCAGGGAGGAACUAAUACUUAAUCUGGAACAAUACUAUUUAUAGUGGAAAGCGCUAUAGAUUUUUUAAGAUACCAGUUUUUAACAGGGAGACAAUAAAGCAUUACAUAGAAAAAUGAUUCUGCUUUCUAGAAAAUUGUUGCCAAAGAAUUUAUAUAUAAACAGAAAACGCAGUGGUCUGAAUGUACUUGUCCUGAAAUAGCUUUUUAAAAAGAAGACCCACUAUUUCUUAAAUCUAUUUUUUAUUUUUUUUUUCAGCUUAUGCUAUCCAAGAGUAGUACAACAGCAUAACGUGACUGGACUUGCAGGUCAAGUGCUUGAGCUGGCCACUUUCUGAGCAUCCAUAAUUCUCAUAGGAAUCAUGGCUCCAGUUCAGGAAAGCCUCCCUUGUCCAGACAGCAUUUAAUAGUUUCCUGAAUAAUUGAAUGAGAAAUUCUGGUCCCUACCAAAGUCAUUAGAUAUUCAGAAGUGCCAGCUCCAAUCAAAAGGACGCAGGCCUAACCUGCAAGCCACCUCACCCCACAUUAUAGUUGCAAUAAGAGCAGCAGUGUUUGGCUUGGUGUGAUUUUUCACAUGCACAACGUGAGCAGGAAAACGUGAGCAGGAUUGGAGCUUUGCUUACUAAAAUUGAAAUUCAACCCUUGCUGAUAGUUAACACCUCUACCAUGCACACUUCCUUGAAAGUGGAACGUCCUUAAAUUUGACAGUGUUGUAAAAUGGAGGAUUACAACACAGCUAAUUAAUGCUAUGAAAGACUUCAGUGUUUGAAAGCAAGGAGACAUAUAUAUACAUAUAUAAAUAUAUAUAUAUAUAAACUGAUGCCCUAAAGCCUCAUAAUUUUGCUCAGCAGUUAGCAUUAGCAGUCUUUAGGAUGUAUAAGCAGUCUGAAAUACUGAUGUGUAAUGACCUGAGAUCGCAGGGAACCAUCUCAUAGUAUUGCUUACAUGCUGAGCCUUGUUUUAAACGUGAAACAUUUCACCUCUUUCACUUGGACUGCAGAGGAAAGUAUACUGUAUUUAUGUUAUAAUCAUCUCAUCUUGCUGCUGUACAGUAGAUACAUGUUAAGGGUGGAGAAAUGUAUGGACAUAAACAGGAAUUGUACCUGGGCAUUACGUUUUAUAGAAAUCAAAAUUAUUGUGAUGAUUUUGAACAUUUUUAAAUAAGAUUAACUGUGUAAUUUUAGAUUAUUGAUCAAUCUCUAAUUUCCUAAUAAAAUACAAGAGAAGAUUA